AUGGAUUAUGAUGUAGUAAAAGGAGCAUCAAGGAAUGGUUUAACUAUGGAGUGGAUCAACCUUCAGACUCUCGGCAAGAAAUAUGGGGGCAAGAUACCGGAAUGUGGUGUUAAGUGUUAUGCGAGACUGCUGGUUGAAGGGAUUCGGGUUAUUCAUGAGAAAGGCUAUGUUCACUGUGAUCUGAAGCCAGAAAACAUCCUUGUUUAUCCUUUUGAUAAGUAUGGUUCGAUUAAUACUCUAAAGAUUGCUGAUUUUGCCCUGGCUAAGCAACCUGGAGGGAAAGCAGAUGGGCCAGCUGGGAUGCUAAAGUUUCCAGGUACAGCGGUUUACAUGCCACCAGAAUCUGUUGCCGAUGCGGAAAUCAGUGCUUCAUUAGAUAUAUAG